AUGCCUGAAUUAAAACGAAUCCAUAGGUCUGUUAUGGAUCCUGAUAACAAUACUGACGAUGGUGAAGAUGCUAUCCCCAUGCAACCCUUGGAUAUCGAUGAGCAGGAAGAUUUGAUCCAACAGUUAGAGAAGGGAAACUCAAAGAGGAAUCACCUUUAUGUAAAUGUUCUUACAGGAAUUUAUGCCAUCUGUGGGCUUUCCUUUCUGUGUCAGACCAGAAAGUCUCUAGGUAAAGAAUUUUGGGUUUAUGGAUUGGGUUGUAUAUCUAUGGCGCUUUCCAUCGUCAGCGUAAGGUAUGAAAUAGUAACCGAUUUCCAAGUAUUCAUGACAUCUCAAGUGCAGAUGAACAACAUUGCUCUCCAAAGAUUUAAUGUCGCGGUCUUAGUAUUAGUAGAGUGGUUAGCGCUUACAGAAUUACCGUUAGGAAUGGUUUCUCAAAUUCCCUUGUUUCUAUUCUUCGUAUCUAUUCUAACAAAGAGAUGGGUUAGAUCAAUGGAAAACGAAAUAACUAGCUUGCGUGGUUUGAAAUAUAAGUAUAAGAGCGCUUAA